UAUUUUAUCUAUAUGUUGCUCUUGAUAAACAACAAAAAGCACAGGGAUAUUUAUAUUGGGAUGAUGGAGAAUCAAUUGAUACCUAUCAAAGAUUAGAUUAUAAUUAUUUUAGAUUCAAUUAUGAUGCACAACGUUUAAUACUUGAACCAUGGACAUAUAAAUAUCCUGAAAUGAAUAAUAGAUUAGAAGAAAUUUCAAUAUUUGGUGUGAUAAAACAACCAACGACAAUUCUUUGGAAUAGACAAGAAUUAUCGAAAGACAAAUGGACAUUCGAUACAAAUACAAAAGUUUUGAAAAUGAAAACAUUAGCUUUAGAUUUAUCUCAAAUACAUAGAUUUGUGUUUCUAUGA